AUGUCUUUCUCAAGUGACGAACUGAACUUGCUGAUCCAUCGAUAUCUCAUCGAAGCCGGUUACGACCACUCUGCUUUCGUCUUCGGGUCCGAAUCGAAGGCAUCGAACGUCGAGAAUGGUGGCCGCGAAGUUCCGUACGCUGCGCUAAUAAAGAUCCUACAACGUGGCAUGUUCUAUGCGGAAUCGGAACUAAUUGCGAUGGUUCCAAAUGCCACCGAAGCGGCCCAAGUACUGAAGGAAAGGCUCACGCUUUUUGAUGCCGCGGAAGAGAAAGAAGCACUGCGCUACAAAAUGCGCGAGGUGGCCCAACAAGCAGCCGAUCAGUAUCUGAAUGCAAGCAACAACGUUGAUGUCCCAUCUACCAGCGCUGAGACAGCGGCCCCCAAUGUCAAACCUGAAGUGCCAGCGGAAGCGGCGGAUGCCUCCCGAGCUCAAGUCAAGACUCCACAGGCCAAUAAUAACACGAACAAUCGCCAGAACGGAUAUGCGAAGAAAGGACAGAAGGCCAAAGCAGCAGAGCCACAGGAAGCCGUUGCCGCCGAGGAUGCGAUGCCCCCGAUCGUGAAAAAGCAAAUGGCUGCCACUGCAGCGUCAUCAGAAAACCUCAAUGGAGCCCUUGCACCUGCUACACUCGUUGACCUGAACAAUUUGGAGAUCGGAAAGGAUCGAGUCAAAGUCCUGAAGAAGCACUUUCACGAGGUUUUCAUUUGCUCGUGGAGUCCGAAGGAAGACGUCCUGGCUUCUGGAUCGGGCGAUUCGACGGCUCGUCUGUGGAAGCUCCAUAGUUUGGACAACGUCAAAGCGGCAGAAAACGAGAGUCUUGUGCUCCGACAUUACCUGGGCACAUUGAAUGCUGAGACGAAGCCUGCGAAUAAGGACGUGACGUCAAUUGAUUGGCACAAGACCGGUGACAAGAUUGCCACUGGCUGCUACGAUGGCUUCGCGAGAAUUUGGGAUACCACUAAUGGCAGCCUGAUGACAACUCUCGGCAGUCAUAAGGGCCCUGUCUUCGCGCUCCGCUGGAGUCCUUCCGGCGAUUAUGUGCUCUCAGCUGGUGUUGACAAGUCUACGAAUGUCUGGGAUACGAUUUCUCGCAAGCACAAGCAGCAAUUCCAAUUCCACGAGGCCUCUGCGCUCGACGUCGACUGGGUCUCUGAUGAUUCUUUCGCUUCCUGCUCCACUGAUGCUCAAAUCCAUGUCUGCAAAAUGGGCAUGGCCACACCGUUGCGCACCUACCGCCAACAUACAAGUGAGGUGAAUGCUGUCCGAUAUGACCAAUAUUCGAACAGACUUGCCAGUUGCUCCGAUGACAAGACGAUUAAGAUAUGGUCGUUGGACGCUGACGAAGCUAUCCACAGCUUUGACAAUCACACGCGUGAGAUAUACACGAUUCGUUGGUCACCAGUCGGUCACAUUUUGGCCAGUGCCUCUUUCGAUCAGACGGUUCGUCUAUGGGAGGCCGAUCAGGGCCGUGAAAAAGCCAUUCUGCACGGCCACACCGAUCCGGUCUAUUCCAUUGCCUUUGGACCCAACGGAAACGUCAUCGCCUCGGGUAGCUUUGACCGUUCUGUGAUCAUUUGGGAUUGCAACUCCGCGCGUCCGGUAACGGUCUUCAAGGGCAGCAAGGCCGAAGGUGGCGUCUUCGAGAUUAGCAUCAAUCGUACGGGAGAAAAGCUGGCCGCCUGCACCUCUGAUGGAGCGAUAAUUCUUCUGGAUCUCCGCUUCCUGAAGCGUGCCCAUGAUGGCACUGUUCAUCCCCUGAGUCGACUCCGUACC